AAGUAUUGCUGCAGUGGAAACAGUGCGAGGAGGACUGCAGUUUCUGGUGCUGAUGGGAGAGCGGUCGAGAGACGUUAUUAAGGCACUGUAACAUUAACCCUAAGUGCCUGUUUGGUGAAUGGGUUUGCCUGUUGUGAAGAACAGGAUUACGGAAUUACGGUAGUGCUGGGACUGUGUGUGCAGCCUAAAUGACGAAGUGGAACUUGUUAAAGCAUCAGACAACGCCCAUGGUCGCUGCUAAACCAACGGGGGCCAGUGCCUUGACUGCGACUCCAGCCCCCGUCGCAUUAGUCUCCGCCGACAACUCCACCGAACCAGUGAACAAGAACGAUGCCUUCGAUGAGAUCAAAAACAAGUUCCUGAAUGAAAUCGACAAGAUCCCACUGCCGUCCUGGGCCAUCAUUGCCAUUGCCGUGGUCGCUGCUUUACUCAUUCUAACAUGCUGCUUCUGCAUCAUCAAGAAAUGCUGUUGCAAGAAGAAGAAGAACAAGAAGGGCAAGAAGGGGAAGGGUGACAUGGGAAUGAAGAACUUGAAAGGGGGAGAGAAACAACAGGAUGAUGAUGAUGAAGAAGAUGACGUGGAACCUGGACUGACUGGAGAUGAGAAAGAGGAGGAAGUGAAGGAGAAGGAAAAGCUCGGGAAGCUGCAGUACUCCAUCGAUUAUGACUUCCAAGAGAACAAGCUGACUGUGGGAAUCCUGCAAGCAGCUGAUCUGCUCUCCAUGGACAGCGGUGGCACCUCAGACCCCUACGUCAAGGUGUUCGUCCUCCCUGACAAGAAGAAAAAGUUCGACACAAAGGUUCACAAGAAAACACUCAAUCCUGUCUUCAAUGAGACCUUUACCUUCAAGAUACCAUUCCAAGAGAUGGGAGGGAAGACUCUGGUGAUGUCCGUCUAUGACUUUGAUCGCUUCUCUAAACAUGAUGUCAUCGGAGAGAUUAAAAUACCCAUGAACACCCUUGACCUGGCUAAGCCAAUUGAGGAGUGGAGAGACCUGGACAGCGCAGAUCAAGAGGAGCCAGAGAAGCUGGGUGACAUUUGCAUCUCCCUGCGUUACGUCCCCACUGCUGGCAAACUCACCAUCUGUAUUCUGGAGGCUAAGAACCUGAAGAAAAUGGACGUGGGUGGACUGUCAGAUCCCUAUGUGAAAAUUAACCUGCUGCAGAACGGAAAGAGGCUGAAGAAGAAGAAGACGACGGUGAAGAAGAACACUUUGAAUCCUUACUACAAUGAGUCCUUCAGCUUUGAGAUUCCUCUUGAGCAAAUGCAGAAAAUCCAAGCUGUGAUCACAGUGCUGGAUUAUGACAAGAUUGGCAAGAACGAUGCCAUUGGGAAGAUCUGGGUGGGAAGCAAGUCCACAGGGGCCGGCCUGAAACACUGGUCCGACAUGCUGGCCAACCCCCGUCGUCCCAUCGCCCAGUGGCAUCCACUGCAGCCAGAGGAAGAAGUGGAUGCCUCCCUCGCAGCCCUGACUGCCAAGAAGUAAACUCCCACCAACCUCCACACCUACCCACCCAUGCAUUUCCCAUCCUUUCCCCAGGUCCCACAUAUCAAUGUAUAUUCCAGAAGAACACCCCAACUGUACAUCUGCUCCCUCCACCGCCUCCCCUUCCCACCGCCACCUUUCAAAAGAUCCAUAGAUACCAUUCGACAUGAUGGGAAAUAUAGUUUAACAAAAAAAAGAAAAAAAAAAGCAUCAUGUUAUAAUUAAAUCAUGUCACCGAAAAAAGAAGACAAGUUACAGGAUGGACAGAUACUCCGUUGAUUUCCUUUAGAUCUAUUUUUGUAUUGGGGUUGUGGUUCCAUUAAUAAGAAUACAGAGUAGACUAUGAAGAACAGUACGAGUGGUAUAUGGGAAUCUGGUGAUAGAGGGGAUAAAACAUACAUUCACUCAUAUUGUACUUCUCACCCCUUCCCUUUAGUGACACAGUUUGCUUAGAAUAGUGCUUAAUAAUAAUAAAAUGCUUUAUACUGCCAUAUGAUAGAGGAAUAACACAAGCAGGUCCAUUCCUUAGGUGUAUCGUGCACCAUGUUCCACACCUGCCAGUUAUCAUACUAGAUGAUUCUGUUCGUUUGAAGUACAUUCCUAGAGUUGGGUAGCAAAGUAGGGAUAGGCACAUAUCCAGUUACCCACAAACACACUGCCUUUUUUAAUUAGUUAACCUUCCACCCAUCGUCUCAGGAAAACUGAGAGGAAAUGGAAACUCCAUGCCUUUUUUUCUAAACGGGUUGUUAUUAUUCAAAUACUCCACUGGAUGAGAAAGAAAUGUCGGAUUCAAAAAGCUUGACCGCUGUUUUUUUUUCGGUGACCUGAGGCUUGCGGCUAGUGUUAGUUUAUCCAUGAAAUGGUGUGUCAGGGGAGAGGGAGGAAAUAAUGGAUUUUCAGUAUCAAAAAAAAAAAAAAAAAGAGAAGGUAUUUGUGUAAUUUUUUGACUGUGCAAAAAAAAGGCUGCGUCUGUCAUCCGAACAACAACAGAAAAGCGUGGAAAUAUCAGAGCGGGUACAACAGAGACUGAUUCCAACCACCAAUGACAUGAUAUUUACAAGGUGUCGAUUACUGCCUGCAGUCUACCACCUCCCCUCCCAACGCCUCUGAUUCUGUAUCUCACUUGUUCAGUGCUACUGCCAUUAGUCAUGGACUUGACACAAGGGUUUUACUUCAAAGGAAUCCCUAUAACCGUCUUACAGUCAUAAAGGAGACAAGCCUUCCAAGUAACAAAAUAAGCAAUUUUCAACUACCAGGGACGCCUUCCAGUUAGCGGUGUUGUUCUCUUCAUUUCUUUCUUUCCUCUAUUUUUUUUUUCCGAUCCUAUUUCUAUUUUCCUUUUACCUAUCCAGUUGUAUUUUAUUUUCAUUUAACUUCAAACACUUUUAUUCCUUAAGCACUUUAAAUCAGCAUAUUAUGUUUAGGUGCGCUCAGAAACCAGAGCUUUAAUUAUUUACGUUGGGAAUAACUGCUGUUUUUUUUUUUUUUUAUUAAUUUUUUUGGAGUACAUUAUGAACAGAUUUUGUUUUUUUUUUUGCUUCUUGUUGCUUUCUUUCGCCUCAGCUUUUUUGUGUAUGCGUUUCAAUCGUUUGGACAUUACAUUUCUCACUUGAUUGCAAGGAUGUGGUCUGGAAGAAGGCACUGAUCCAUGUGUAUUUUAUACACAGCUUACCAAACUGUUGAAUUUAAUUGCACUACUGGAUAUUAUUCUGUUCUGUGGUAAUUUGACACUGUUCUUUGAUCUGUGUAAUUUCUUUCUUCUUUUUUUUUGUGAUAAAAUGUUGUGAGAUUGAAUUUUUUCUGUGGCACAUGUGGCACGCCAGACAGGUCUCCUCGUAUAAAUGGACUCCUCUGAUGAGAAGAGAGACACAUUUCAAUCCAGUGCUGAUCCCUGGCUCCUUCACAGAAUGUAUUAUGUUCAGUAUAGAGAGCCGAAGUCACGUCCACGCUGGCCUCUGUUGAAUUAGCUCCUGCAACUCAAUAUGAUCUCUUGUUCAGCGUUUCUUUUAUGUCUCUCUGAAUCCAGAGGUAAAUUAAUUACACGGGUUUCCUUAUGGCGUGAACAAAGUCAAAUAAUGAUUAUGAAUAAUGAUUUAUGAGCACAGAAAAAUGUGCAGCUCCCAUGAAAAAUUACAGGUUUGCACACUAGAACGUCUUUCUUCUUUCUUAGCUUUGUGUUCAUAGAUUCUGCCGAGAUAUAAUAUUAACCCUGCAAAUGUUAAGUUGGUAUUUGUUUAGCAUCACUAAAAACUUAAAUAUCGACAAAACAACAGUGUUAAGUUGUUUUUUUGUGUAAAUAUAACACAGUUUUCUUACCUUAACCCAGAAGUGUCACUUUGGCUCUCUAUAUUUGCAAAUGUAUACUCUGUUGAAGAGGAAUUUUAAAGGGUUAACUUUGUCUCACUACAAAAUCCAAACGUCGUUUGACCAAAACCCAUCAGCCCUGCAUAAAUUAAUGAAGGCUUACUUGUUAGUUAAAGCUCUGAUAUGUGUUUAGACCUCAUUGCUGGUCUAAACAAAAUGCUGUCGGAGAGCACAAACAGCAAAACUACCCAUUGACUUGUGUGCAAGUAAAACAAAUGCAGUCGACCUUUUAGACGUUACCACAGCUUUUUGGGAUUUUAAUGAAUGUUGGCAAUUGUAUCUUUCUCUCUGUUGGAAGUUGUAAGUCUUUUCUUUUAUAGCCCUCAUAGACCAGAAUUCUGUUUGUCAUCUCGCAUCAUUUUCUUUUCUUCCGUUGAUGAAGCAACACUAAAGAAAAGGCAACAUGGAAGCAAUCAAGCAAACCCAUUGGUGUGUAGUUUUGCCUAUAUACAUAGUUCAUACACGUUGAUACUGCAUGUUUAUACAAAAUACUGUACAUAAGAGCAUGUUUUAGAGACGAAGCAAAAAUAUCUCGUGUACGUAAAUGGGUGUCAUUUGUCAUUUUAAUAACACAACGAAGGGAAAAAAAAAAAAGAUGCACUGUAUAUUUUCUAAAUGAAACAAAUAUGUAUUUAUUUUCCAUGAGGGUCAUUGGAGAGAAUGUCAUACAAAUAUUAGAGUACUAUUACUAAUAAGAACCUUUCCACGCCUGAAAUUCUUAAGCAAGUGUGUCGUCCAGUACUGUGUGUGAGUUCAUGUAGGAUGAAAAUGUAGCCGCAUGCUUGCUAUCUAAUUCCUUGUGAUCAAAAAUUUUGAUUUGACGCCAUUUAUCUGCCAUUCGUUUCAUUUCAGCACCUUUCUGAAGGCCAACGUUUGAGUUAUUUCUGAAUUUUAAUGCUCUAGCUUUUGUUAAAAAAAAAAAGAAAAAAGAAAUAUGUUUUGAUGUUUGGAACAGGGGAUCUCCAAGUCUAUAAGAUGACUAUUUUCUAAUAGCGGAUUUGACACGGUGUUAUUCUGAAACAACCAAUCAGAUAAAGACUGAAUAAUUCUGUGAUCUGUAGGUGGAUUGUAGGAGUCGUUAUUUGUGCCAGUACUGACCUAGAAUGAAGUCUGUUGGAUCAUAUCUUUAUAUAAAAUGUAUUUCCAGGGGCCAAAAAAAGAUGAAUAAUCCCAUUCCAGUGAACACAAAUGACUUGGAAUCCCUUCUUCUCUCCUACUUUACUUGGAAGUUUUUAUUUUUCUCUUGUAUUUAAAUGACCUGAAACUCUUCACGGCUGUGUCUCUUUUACUGUGUUUAUUAUUCGAUACGUGUAUGUGUAUACAAGAUAAAUGAAUAAGAUAAAACUAAAGCCAUAAAACUCAAGCACUAACUCUUUAGAGGCUCAGCUGAGUAGCUAGAGUUUAUUUAUGAAGAAAAAAAAAAAUCUAACAUGUCUUCAUUUUCCUUGGCCAGUGUUUCUCUUUUACAUUCCUUUCAAAGGUCUUUGUUCAUCGAGAAGGCAAAAUUCCAUUUUAGUGUAUAUGUGAGCUUUGAGAACAGUUGUGAGUUUAGUAGAGUGAGUGUGUCUUUUUCUACUUUCAGAGCUGUUGAUGUCCUUGUUUCAUAGAGGUAGCUGAUUUUACAGUAUUGUGAUUAGUAAUGUAUAUGCCUUGUUUUGAUAGUAUAAAUGAUAGAUAUAAUAUCACAAUAGGUUCUCAAUAAUAAUGCUAAAAUUAUAUAUAAAUAUAUAUCUAUAUGAGAGUGUGUUCUAAUCUUGGGCUGAGUGCAAUUUAUGAAUCAAACUGGGUCACUCUUCUGAUGUUUCUCUUCUUCCAGUUUAGCAGAAGAAUGUUCAUGUACAAUCAAAUGACACACUACUGGUGAUUUGUGGCUCAUGCUGACGGUCUUUGUUGUGUUUCUUUGUUUUUUUUAGCAAACUGCUCAAGCAACAAAAGCUAAAGUGAAAAGAGAGAAACUUUAGAACAGUGGAACCCAAGUUUCUACGCCUGAAUCCCUCCCAUAGAACUAUGCAUAUAGUUAUGAUUUUCACAAACACGAGGCAGAAAACAAUUGAAAACAUGGACAUAUGUUUUAUGUCGUGCACAUAAAAGAAAAUUGAAGAAAUAGUUGCAUAUUUUGCUUUCUUGCCCAGAGUUACACAAGAGGACCAGAAGUCCACAUCUGCAUGCUAAAUAUGUAUCUGGAGCCAAGAAGUGGCUAGCUUAGCUUAGCAUAAAGACUGGAAGUCAGGGAGAAACUACUGUGUGAAAAAAAUCCACCUACGAGCAGUUCUGCAGCUCAAUCCAAUCUGAAAAGACUCCAGAAAGUCAGCUGUUGCAGCACAAUCUAUUGCUCCCUGUUUGUCGUUUCUACAUUUGUGCACAGAUUAGACAAUGGUACAUCGAGUGUUAAAUUGAGGCGCUAGGUCUAUUUUUUUCCACUUUGUAUAGAGUCCAGCUGGCUGUUUCCACCUGUUUUCCAGUCUUCUUUAUUCUAGCCUCCAUAUUUAACAGACAGAUAAGAGGCUGGUGUCAAUCUCCUCUUUUUAACUCUUUGCGAGAAACCAAAUUAGAAACGAUUCUAAAGGGCCAAACUAUUCCUUUAAGCUCACCUCAGUCGCCGAGAUUCUUCUGACAGAAACUGCCACAUCUGUUCUGGCAACAGUCCUCAAUGCGCCGCGUUCCGCCGCACAUUGUCUAAUGCAAUAUUUAUUCACUGUCCCAUUAAUGCCACUGACUGUGACCAAAUAAUUGCACUGAGAAUAAUUUUAAAUACAAGAUUUCAGUGCGUUUUCACAAAUACUGCCAGUACCUGAUCACAAUUGCCUGCAUUGUUCGCCACUGUUUGACUCUGCAAAAGCCAAAAUAAUGCGGAACGGUGACGAAACACACCAGAUGAUGAGGCAAAUGUGAUCUCAGGUAAACUUAUAGCACAUUUAGGAGAUUAAGUUUAGUUUUUUUUUUUUUUUAAAUUUUCCUUUUUACCUCACCACAGUCGCACAACCACCGGACAAGUUCUAUGGGGGACAGAGACUGGGAGAUGUGUGUGUGCUUGUGUACAUGGGAUAAAUAGAUGAAGUGUAGGCCCUUUAGCAGACAUGGUGCAAAAACACAGCACUGGAUUAUACAAUAUACAGUACAGGUCUGCAUGCAUGGGACACAUUACUCAUUCCUAAAUGUACAUCUUCGUGUGUAUGACUGUAAUAACCGAACAACAAUCUUAGCUCUCUGUUUUAAAUAUGGGGAUUAAUCUGUUCUGUUGAUGGCUGGUGUAGAUGUAUAAUACCUUAUGCACAACCGCAUCUGAAACUGUGUGCUGUUUCAGCUGUGCAGAGACAGUUUAAGAGCACCGUUCACACAGUUGUGGUUCGUUUUUUUUGUUUUGUUUUGUUAGGUUCUUAUUUUUGAACAAAACGCUGGGAUUUAAAAAGGGAAACCAUCCAAAGUUCAGUCGAUCAUUCGCCACCUUGUCAAAAAUGUGUUGAGGAGCCUCUCAGCAGGUAAAGACACCUCUUUGAAACAUGUCGUCUUGUCUCCUCUAUUACUCGUUGUAUUUCUUCUUUGUAUUCUUGUGCACAUGUGUAAUCACUUCUUCUGUCGUUUUGUUUUUGUUUUUUUGUUUUUGUGAUGUAUACCUCUAGAAUGUAGGACUGUAUUUGAGUCAGAGAUGUGUCACCAUAGUCUCUCACAUUCGCUUUCGGUUUGCUGUCUUUGUCUUGUUUAUGUGUAACCGAUUACGUACCAUCAGUAUCGUUAUGCUGAAUAGGAAGCAGGCUCACUGAUCUCUCCGCUGAAUCUGCUUUUGCUGAGCGUAAAGAAUGCCGGCCUUCAUGUUUACAACAUGGACAUACUGUAUACUGCCAAACAUGCAGGACCGUAACAAACUCCCCUCUCUUGAGCGCUUAGUCCUCCACCUCUCAUACCCUGAUGCAACUGUAUUCUCAAGACUCCUUUCUUCUUCUUCUUUUUUAUUUUUUUUCCUUUUCCCACCUCUUUCUCUUCAUCAUCUUUUAAAGCAUUGGAGGACGGUCAGGUUGUGUCCUCUAGCUGUGUUUCUUCGUGUCUAGUGUCGUGGUGCGCGUGUUCAUGUCAGUACUUGUGCCUACUGUGGAUCGCAUGCUUUAGCCCUUGACUGGACACAAACGUUGCUCACAAACUCCUCUUGACCCUUAUGUGGACAAACGUUGGGGAUCCUUAUAAAGUUAUCAAGGGAACCAAAUAACUUACUACAAAUUUAUCAUAUGUGUUACCAGUUCUGUAAAAACAAAUAGGAAAUAAAGGCCUUUUAAUUACCA